CUGACAUGUCAGAGAGCCAAUGACCGGCCGUGAAGCGCUCCCCCGUCGCUCCAAUCAUUUAACGCGAACAGUUGCCGGUGCCGGGUCUUGUGGAAGUCUUUUCCUUAUAACCGCAACGUGUAAUUUCUACAACUAAAGACUUGAUUCAUUUUACGUGCAAUGGGUCGCCGCAAGUCCAAAAGAAAGCCCCCUCCGAAGAAGAAAAUGACGGGAGAUUUGGACUCCCAGUUCACCUGUCCGUUCUGCAACCACGAGAAGUCAUGUGAUGUCAAAAUGGAGAGAAGCAGAAAUACUGGGAUAAUAUCAUGCACAGUCUGCUUGGAGGAGUUCCAGACUCCAAUUACCUAUCUGUCAGAGCCAGUUGACGUGUACAGUGAUUGGAUAGAUGCCUGUGAAGCAGCCAAUCAGUAGCCCUCAUGGAGCUGGAUGUCUUUCAGAAAUGGAAUGAGGAUGUGGCUGCUGGUCCUGGGGGCCCGUUGCGAUCAAGCUGGCCACAGGACAUUUACGAAACUUUUAUUAUUCUCAGGUUUCCAUAUGGUCACUUGAGAUUUACAGCUGUGUGAACAGUAGUUUCACUUAUGAGGUAUUCAGCACAAAGCGGCUCUAAAGCGUUCCUGACUCUAGUUCUGACUAUUGAGAUUUAUUACAUAAUUUGUUAUUUGCAGUGUGACCUGAUUUAUCUUUACACAUUGAGCGGGACUUUCUGUUUUCAAUAUUUGUUUUCUUUUUGGAUGGGUUUCAAAUAUCCUUUUAGAUGCAGUGUAGACAAGUCCAGGCCUGUAGUGUAAGAGAAGGGGCUCCCAUCUUAGCAUUUUGAUGUGAAAAAAGUAAGAUCUUUUUGGUUAGCACGAUGACAAAGAGACGUGUGAAUAUGUGGAUCUUGACAAACAGUUUGAGAACAGUGAGUUGGUGCAUUUUCCACAAGUUUUCCGCACACUGUAUCAUACACUGUGACAAUAGCAACAGGACCUACUGUAGUUGGAGAGGUUAAUUUCCAGGUAGGCUGCACUGCCAGAUUUAACAAAAUGUAGGUUGGAGUGAACUUCUUCUUGGGUUGAAUGUUAACACAGUUCAGGCUUGAAGUUACAGGUUGUGUUCACAGUAAUAAUUACCCACAGCUCUCCUCAUCCUCUUAAAGACAGUCGUGUCACAAUAUUAGGUCAUUCCACUGGAGAGAGGAAUGAAAAUGUGUAAGAUUUAUGCUUAGCUGCUAAGUUCAAAAGUGUUGAAUUGUUCUUAAGUCAUUCAGUUUUUCAGUUGAUUGUAUGUUUUUUGCUUACAUGUUCAAGAAAUAAACAUUUUCAAGAAGUACAAAUUAUGUUUGUUAUGAAAUGCAUAUGUAACGAAUAGUGUGAUUUUUAUUCUGAAAUCGAGCGUUAAUUUUGGGUGUUUAUUCUCCCAUGCAACAGCCGUCAGCAUACAAGCAAGCUGUUUUUUAAACGUUAUGAAUUUGAUAAUUGUGAUCUUGGAAAUAAAGGAGCAAUAAGACUUUGAUACCA